CCCCUUCCCAUUUCCCCUUUGGUUAGACAGUAUUAUUGUACGAGUAUUAACUAGACCCUUCAUUAAUUACUCGUAAUAGACUAGACCCCAGAGUCUCUAGCCAGUCGGCAGACCUAUCCUAUGAUUUCUGAUUAAUUCAUCAUUAACUCGAGUCGAUGACGGAAGAGGUGCAAACCGCCAAAGGGUCAUCAGCCAAGACACUCGAGUGACUCCAUUUAUCCUAUCGUCACCACCAACCACCACAACCUCACCUUACCUCAUCUCUUACACAUCCCCGAGCUCAAUACCUGAUAUUCCCGCGCUUGGCUUCACCAUCACCGCCUGUUCCACCCUCCUGUCACUGCGCCAUCAUUAACUCACAGGCUAUGCGAUAGUCGCCAUCCAUGGCCACCUUCUCAGGCCUCUUCCUUUCCCUAAAUGCGCUUCUUGCUCUGGCUGCUGGCGGUCUAGCAGCCCCUACACAAACUCCCGUCGUAGCGCAUUCCAGCAAUGGAUCGGCAAUCUCGGUCGCACUUUUUAGAGAAUUAGAAGAACUCGCACGUAUAGUCGAUAUCUCGUACUGCGUAGGAACAGCGGGACUGGGUAUCCAGAAGCCGUUUCAAUGCGCCAGUCGAUGCGGCGAGUUCGAGAACUUCGAACUCAUUGAUACCUGGAAUACUGGACCACUUCUCUCCGACUCCUGCGGCUACAUUGCCCUGUCGCAUCCACCGUCGCCUCCGCGCAUCAUCCUCGCCUUUCGCGGCACCUACUCUAUCGCGAACACCAUUGUUGACUUGUCGACUGUACCCCAGGAAUACGUUCCCUAUCCCGGCGACGACGAUUCGAAGACGUCCGACUUCGUAGACCCCAGGAUCGCAAACCCGGAUUCAAGCGAUGAGACGCCCCCGCCCGCAGAUCCGCCCAAGUGCACAAACUGCACAGUCCACACCGGAUUCUACAGCUCCUGGCUCAACACACGAAAUGCCAUCCUCUCCGACCUGACAGAGGCGAUCGAGAAAUAUCCAGACUACCAGUUGACGCUGGUCGGGCACUCGCUGGGCGGUGCGGUCGCCGCUCUGGCCGGACUCGAUUUCCUGGCUCGCGGAUGGCAGCCCCGCGUGACCACCUUUGGCGAGCCGCGCAUCGGAAAUAAAGCGCUCAUGUCGUACAUAGACGACCGUUUCAACAUCACCUCCAACAAGGAUGCCAAUUCGUUCCACCGGGUCACCCACGUGAGCGAUCCCGUCCCGCUGCUCCCGCUCGCCGAGUGGGGGUAUUCCAUGCAUAGCCAGGAGAUAUUCAUUUCCGCACCCGACCUUCCUCCCUCAGUGGACGAUCUACAAUACUGCAAGGGUGACGAGGACCCAGAUUGCAUUGCCGGGAAGGAGAGCGAUGGAGCGUCGUGGGGCAUCCCGGCCCGAUUCAAAUUGUGGGAGCUUUUCUUCGCCCACAGAGAUUACUUCUGGAGAAUAGGACUGUGUGUCCCCGGCGGUGACCCGAAGGAUUGGUAUCGCAAGUACCCAGACGCCGUUCCUGGAGACGAAACACCAGUGGAGGAAGAGAAUCCCGAGCUGUAAUGGCUAUAAUGUAUCAUGAAAAUGUGGAAUCGACGAUGGUUUUCACACACUAUCCUUGGGGGGUUUGGGCGGACUUCUUGACAUUUUUGGCGUCAUUCACAGGCAGACUCAUGUUGUUUAACGGGUCACAUGCGGCGUUUUGUAUUCUAGCAUCACGAAUUGGGCAUCAUUAUUGUUAGCGAAAUAUACAUGUAUGUUUAUUCAUUGUUCUUUGUUUCUUAUCAUUAAAUCGUAAUGGACCAAAACU